CCGCGGAGCUAGAACCGUAGUGCCUGUCAUACCCAUCCCUCUCGCUCGGGGAGCUCUCGGCCAGCUCCAGCCAUGGCGGAGAGGCUGGAGGCGGCGCCGGCCUCCGGCGACGAGUACACGCAGGACGGCACGGUGGACCUCCACGGCAACCCGGUGCUCCGGGCCAAGCGCGGAGGGUGGAAAGCCUGCGGCUUCGUCGUAGUGUACGAGGUGUUCGAGCGGAUGGCGUUCUACGGCAUCUCGUCGAACCUGGUGCUGUACCUGACGACGAAGCUGCACCAGGGCGUGGUGCCGUCGGCGAACAACGUCACCAACUGGGUCGGAACCAUCUGGAUGACGCCGGUCAUCGGAGCCUACGUCGCCGACGCGCACCUCGGCCGCUACCGCACCUUCAUGGGCGCCUCCGUCAUCUACCUCAUCGGCAUGAUCCUGCUGACGCUGGCGGUGUCGCUGCCGGCGCUGCGGCCGCCCAAGUGCGGCGACGGCACAGCGGACCCAAACUGCACGCACCAGGCGACGAGCGCGCAGCUGGGCGUCUUCUUCCUGGGCCUGUACAUCCUCGCCGUGGGCACGGGUGGCACCAAGCCCAACAUCUCCACCAUCGGCGCCGACCAGUUCGACGACAACCACCCGCGGGAGCGCCGCCACAAGCUCUCCUUCUUCAACUGGUGGAUGUUCAGCAUCUUCUUCGGCACGCUCUUCGCCAACACCGUCCUCGUCUACAUCCAGGACAACGUCGGCUGGACCGUGGGCUACGCGCUCCCCACGCUGGGCCUCGCCGUCUCCAUUGUCAUCUUCACCGCCGGCACGCCCUUCUACCGCCACAAGCCCACCUCCGAUAGCCCCUUCGCCAAGAUGGCCAGGGUCAUCGUGGCGGCGGCCAGGAAGUGGGCCGUGGCCGCGCCCGUGGACCCGCGCGACCUGCACGAGCUCGAUGAGGAGCACUACGCCAAGAAGAACGCCGCCCGGCUCCCGCACACGCCCAACCUGGCGGUGCUGAGCAAGGCGGCGGUGAAGACGGCCGGCGCGCCGGCGGCGGCGUCGCGGUGGUCGCUGAGCACGGUGACGCAGGUGGAGGAGACGAAGCAGAUGCUCAAGAUGCUCCCCGUGCUGGCCAUCACGUUCGUGCCCAGCGCGAUGAUGGCGCAGAUCAACACCCUGUUCGUGAAGCAGGGCACGACGCUGGAGCGGCACAUCGGCCCGCACUUCGAGAUCCCGCCGGCGAGCCUCCAGGGGUUCGUGACCAUCUCCAUGCUGGUGUCCGUGGUGCUCUACGACCGUGUGUUCAUGCCCUUGGCGCGGCGGGCGACGGGGAACCCGCGCGGCAUCUCGCUGCUCCAGCGCAUGGGCGUCGGGCUCGUCAUCCACAUCGCCAUCAUGGGCAUCGCGUCCGUGACGGAGCGGCACCGCCUGGCGGUGGCGCACGAGCACGGCAUCUUCACCAGCAAGGACACGACGAUCCCGCUCACCAUCUUCGUGCUGCUCCCGCAGUUCGCGCUGAUGGGCGUGGCCGACGCGUUCCUGGAGGUGGCCAAGAUCGAGUUCUUCUAUGACCAGGCGCCCGAGGGGAUGAAGAGCCUGGGCACCUCGUACGCCAUGACCAGCCUCGGCGUGGGGAACUUCCUCAGCAGCGCGCUGCUCUCGACGGUAUCGCACGUCACGCGGCGGGGCGGCCGGGCAGGGUGGAUCCUCAACAACCUCAACGCCUCGCGUCUGGACAAGUACUACGCCUUCUUCGCCGUGCUAAACUGCGCCAACCUCCUCGUCUUCUUCGUCGUGUGCCGGCUCUACGUGUACAACGCCGAGAUCUCCCGCGUCGUCGACGUCGGCAGCGGCGGCGGCGUAGCCAGCAGCGGGGAGAAGAAGCGGGAGGUCGCGAUGCAGCCAGCGAGCGUGGGCGCCGUGGAGAUCACCCUGUAGCCUGUAGGGAGUGUUCCAGCAGAAAUGUAGUUUCCAACCCCCCGUACGUGACAUAUGGAAUGGAUGUGAUGGCUGACGAACGUGAACUUUGGCGACGGUGCCACAUCGGGCGAACUGACCGCGUGGGGAGUGGGGUGGCACGUUCUGCUUCUGCGGAAAGGCCAUGGCGAGAAACCGCGAUGGGCAAAGCAGCUAGCAAGGUGAAUUUGUCAUCUGACUUGUCACAUGUGGGCUCGACGGUACCAAGUCACCGACGUGUGCCUCCUGAUUGCAAAGGAUCCGAAGGCCCGACCCAAAAUACUUUGGCCCAAAAUUUGUUUUUUGAUGAGAGCUUUGGCCCAAAUUGGAAGCCAGCUAAAGGAAGCCCGAUAUAAUAACAAGGAAAAGUGUCCACUUUUUUUU